AUGAAGCCAGCCAUCAAGACGACGGCGGCCGCCAGGGAAGACGACGCCGCCUGCAGCACGACCUCGCCGUCGCCGGCGGUGGCGGACAAGGGCCACUGCGCGGUGUACACGGCCGACGGGAGGCGGUUCGAGGUGCCGCUGGCGUACCUCGGCACGAAGGUGUUCGUGGAGCUCCUGAGGAUGUCGCAGGAGGAGUUCGGGUUCGCGAGCGAGGGGAGGAUCACGCUGCCAUGUGACGCGUCCGUGGUGGAGUACGUGAUGUGCUUGCUGAGGAGAAGCGCGUCGGAGGAGGUCGAGAGGGCGUUCCUGAGCUCUGUGGCGACGAUGAUGCAGUGCCAAAAUUCAGGCUGCACGAUGCCGCCUGUGGCGCUGCACCGUCAGUUUGCAGUUUGCACCUAGUUCAUGAAUCCUGAAUAUGUUCAGAGUUUUGCACUUCGUGUUCUACAUUUUUGCAUGUCUUUGUGCAAUCUCAUGUAAAGAUAGUUCAGUACAGGAGAAUGGAAAAUGAAAUGCUAAUUGAGUACCAGCAUUCGAUUGCAAAUUUUCAGUACACUUAGCUUUUGUUUUUUUGAGGGCGAAUACAGUUAACUAUGAACUGUAAGAUCGUUCAGACUCCAGACUAUAUGCCAGGAUCAGGAAUUGAAGUGAUUUACAUUAAU